AUUUUACUUUUUUCUAUACAUUUUCGUAACUCUACUCGUGCAUUAUUGUGAUGUGUAUUACACGUAUAAUCGUACGCAAACCUCUUUUCUAUACAUAUAUGUGGAAUAAUUGGCUACUCUUUUUACACUUACAUUUUUCGUCAACACGUCACACAUACAUAUAUACCCACAUAUACACACACACACACUCUCUUUGGACAUUCAUGCAUUCUGCAUCGAUUGUAACGACUCCCGAUCUUUCUCGCGCUCUUGUGGUCUCCUUUCGCUCGGUCGAUUGAUUUUUCCGGUCGUUACGCUUCCGGAGCAUUUUUACAUAAUCUACUGUAAUAUAUACGCGCGCGUACAGGGUAUUGCGACGUCAUGAAAAUCUUGCGACUGUUGCGAAUGAAAUUCAACAAAAAAAGAGAAAGAGAAAAAAAAGUUAUCGAGCGAAUUUUCGACAUUUUUGACGAAAUCUAUAGGUGUGUAGCUAAAGUCUAGCUAUUUACAUGCUAUUAUCACGUUCAAUUUCUGCUAUGGUAAACAAAGACGACAAAGACAAGAAUAAUAUUUAUAUUCAAUAUUUCUAGCUUUUUCGGUAGCUCAUCGUUUCCAUUGUAACUUGUUAAUCAGUCCAACGUAAUCAAUCAUCUUCUGUGUACAAUAAACAUCUACUACAUAAAUGUGCGUGGAUGUCGCCGACCCAAGUCCGUCACCGCAAGACAUCACACAAUCAAAACGGCGCGAAUGACUUUUCUCUCUCCAAAAGUUCAUCGAUGUUACAUUCGGUGAAGGCGCGCGUGCAUAAAUCAACCUACCGGCCGAUCAUGUUUCAAUAAAUACCUACAUACACACACGCAGCAGUGUUAUACACGUAUCAAACGACAACAGAGACACGCAGAUGAGAGAGAAAAAAAAGAUUGAUUUUUCUUUUAAUUGUCAGCGAUCACUGUCGUCGUUAUAAACCCGGACGGCGCUUAUAAGUCGCUCGUCUUCUCUGUGUUGCGGCAGCAUCGCUCGGUCGCUAAUACCAAAGAAGAGACGCCUGAUUGCCACUAACAGAAGCUGUGUUUGUGUAAUAAGUGUGUAUAAGAUUAGUCGCUUCUUCUUUUUUUUUUGCGCCGUCGACGUUGAUACUUUGCCGUGCGCGCUGUCUACACCCUCUCGGCGAUAAAUCAUACCGCAAGCUCUGAAAAGCCAAGAAACUGACGUGAAGUUGAAAUUUGUAACAUACCAUGGAUGGCUCGGAUAACGAAAAUACAGCGCUUAUCCAACGAUCGGAUAGUACUCGAAGCGCCGAUUCUCAUAAUUCUUGCGUGACCGCCAAUGGCGUCGACCGAACUUUGGCCAGUAAUCAGAAUUCGCGCGACUCGGCUCAACCCGACACCACUCCCCUUCUCGAAAACGAUAACGAAAAUACUAACGACAGAUCGGCCGAAAACAACGAAUCCGAAGGAGCUUCGAAAUGCCUCGAACCGCCGGUGCUUCCAUAUAUUCGAAGAGCUUCCUCGACUUCCACCUUCGAUGCCUUGCAAGGCAGUGACACCAGUUCCGCAAGCUACAGAACGAUUCCGAUCUGGGAUACGAGGAUGCGCGUCAACAAACUUACGUUCUCCUCGUUGCCCGACACCUUUCGUGACAGAAUCAGUCGAGAUUUCCGGCGUGUCUCGUUCUUCGAGCAAAACAUUCCAUUACCUGAACUGUCUGAACCUCCAACUUCUGGGAGUAUCUCGGAACCUUGCGGUCUCGAUCAGCCCUCAUCGACAUCUAUCCCUGACCAACAGCAACAGAAUGAAAGUAAUUCAAACGGUGACGUAGCUAUCGUCGAAGACUCUUCAACGGUUCGCUUUUUGCGAGGAAUCAAAAGUUUUUUCUCUUUUGACGAAGCUCCCACUGACCACACUAUCCAAGCUCCCGUUACGCUUCACGAAACUGAAGAAAACGAAGCUAUUAAAGCACAAUCGUUACCUUGCCUGAUUCACGAGUCUCCGAAAAAUGGAAUUCUUCAAUCGAAUUCUAAUGAAGCUGUUUCGUUAUUUAAUUAUCCAACCCCAAAAGUUCCAAAAGACGAGCCUCCUUUGGUUCCUCCUAAAUCCCCGGUUCGCAGAACGAGAAGAAAUCCUUCGGGAUGUUCGCGGUGUUCUCACGCGUCAAGAAGUCCUUCGGUGAACUCGUGGCGUUCUCAUAGAGAUAGACCAGAAAUAGAUGAUCGUCUAAAUUUUCAAGUACCCACUGCUAACGUACAAAAUUUUGAUCCAAAUAAUCAAAACCCACAGAUGUCGCAGCAGGGUGACGGACUACACACGCCGGGCUACCUGGCCUGGCGCAAGCUCCAGCUCAGCCGGGCCAAGCUCAAGGCCUCCAGCAAGACGUCUGCUCUGCUCUCGGGCUUCGCUAUGGUGGCCAUGGUCGAAGUGCAAUUGAACUCGGACACGAAGGUGCCCAAGUCGAUGCUCGUUACGUUCGCGGUCUGCACCACUCUACUCGUUGCGGUCCAUAUGUUAGCCCUUAUGAUUUCGACCUGCAUAUUGCCCAACAUCGAGGCGGUGUGCAAUCUCCAUAGCGUCAAUCUGGUGCACGAGUCGCCGCAUGAGCGGUUGCACUGGUACAUAGAGGUCGCUUGGGCUUUCUCCACUCUUUUGGGCCUCGUGCUUUUCCUCGUCGAGAUCGCCAUACUGUGUUGGGUCAAGUUCUACGACUUUUCGCAGGUGGCGGCCUGGUCGGCAUGCAUCGUCCUCGUGCCUGUCCUCAUUGUCUUUGCGGUAUUUGCAGUCCACUUUUAUCGCAGCCUCGUGACUCACAAGUACGAGGUGACGGCAUCGGGUCUGCGUGAGCUAGAGGCGCUUAAGGAGCAAAUUGACGCUCCGGAGCAGCAGGCCGACAGUCGCAACGGCAUGCACAUGUUGACCCACAACGCGUUCAAUAUUGCCUCGGUCGUUUGAACGCUUACGAGCGGAAACUCACCUCCGGGGUUCACACUGUGUACAAUAUUAUUAUAUUAUUUGUAGAUAAGCGAUACGAAUCGAGCAUGAAGUACUGCGCAUAAGCGAUUCCACGAUACGCAGAACUGACGCGGCCUGCGACGCACCACGUACAUUUAUUAUAAUUAUUUAUAUUGAAGUCAUUCAAUGCCACACGUGCACGCAGACAGAUACACAGACAGACUUAAAUCAUUAUUGUACCUACAUUUUUACUUAUAAGAACGAGACGUACAUCUCUGCGAUGUAUGACGUUAUAUUAUAGCUUUACAAGUGAUCGACGCAGACCAAAUAUUCUGUUCAGUCCUGAUGAUAUAGAUCUGACUUCCUCAUCCAUCCUCAAUCAUACUUUUAUGAUGUUUUUUUUUUUUAAAUAUAAGUUUGGACUACCGUGUAAUCGUGUAGAUAAUUUAUGUGUACUUCAAACGGCCUUGUUCGUAAAUCAAAAUAACUACUUGGACUUUUAACCCGGAUCAUUGGACAAGAUGUGUCCGGGACCGAGUCCGAUUACUUAUUUUCAAUGACAGGGUUACUCUGUCUCUCUUACAUAUUGUAUUAUUACUUCUACGAUUGCGAUUACAUUAAUUAUACUUAAAACUAGUACUGUACGAUAAAAUAACGUUAUUGUUAUAAGAUUUAGACACUUAGUAUAUGAGCGAAAAGACGUGCGUAUGUAAAAAAAAAGAGAUGCGAGUAAAAGAGUUGCGUACUGUAAGCUCUGCCACGUCGGAUACUAUAUUUAGAUAUUUUGCUACGUCUGAUUGAUGUACAAUAUCGAAAACUACGACUUAAGAAUUUUUUUUAGCUUCAAGAAACUUGUAUUGAGAAAAUAUUGUACUUUUUGAUAAUAAAAGACGACCACUUGGCUAAAAAAAAA